AUGGAAAUACACUCAACCAGAACAUUUCACAAAGAGGUUAAACUAGAAGAAGAAACAAACAUGGCAUCCAAAAUAAUCUCCAGUACUCAGCAAACAUCCUCGCCUACCCCUCCCAAACAAAUGCAGAAAAGUACAGACAAGAAAAAAACUCACCACUGUUCAGACUGUGGGAAGAGGUUUAGCCGUCAGAGUCAUCUCCAACGACACCAGCGCAUUCACACUGGAGAGAAACUGUAUCACUGCUCAUACUGUGGGAAGAGUUUUACUCAACAGAGUACUCUCCAACUACACCAGCGCAUUCACACUGGAGAGAAACCGUAUCACUGCUCAGACUGUGGGACGAGUUUUAAUCAACAAAAUGCUCUCCAACUACACCAACGCAUUCACACUGGAGAGAAACCUUAUCACUGCUCAGACUGUGGGAAGAGGUUUAGUUAUCAAAGUACUCUCCAACGACACCAGCGCAUUCACACUGGAAAGAAACCGUAUCACUGCUCAGACUGUGGGAAGAGUUUUAGUUAUCAGAGUACUCUCCAACGACACCAGCGCAUUCACACUGGAAAGAAACCGUAUCACUGCUCAGACUGUGGGACGAGUUUUAAUCGACAAAAUGCUCUCCAACAACACCAGCGCAUUCACACUGGAGAGAAACCGUAUCACUGCUCAGACUGUGGGAAGAGUUUUAGUCAACAGAGUACUCUUCAACGACACCAGCACAUUCACACUGGAGAGAAACCGUAUCACUGCUCAGACUGUGGAAAGAGUUUUAACUGUAAGAGUAAUUUCCAACAACACCAGCGCAUUCACACUGGAGAGAAACCGUUUUACUGCUCAGACUGUGGAAAGAGUUUUUGUCACCAGAGUCAUCUCCAAACACACCAGCGCAUUCACACUGGAGAGAAACCAUAUUACUGCUCAGACUGUGGAAAGAGUUUUAGUCAACAGAGUACACUCCAACAACACCAGCGCAUUCACACUGGAGAGAAACCGUAUCACUGCUCUGACUGUGGGAAGAGUUUUAGUCAUCAGAGUUAUCUCCAAAAACACCGGCGCAUUCACACUGGAGAGAAACCGUAUCACUGCUCAGACUGUGGAAAGAGUUUUAGCCAUCAGAGUACUCUCCAAAAACACCAGCGCAUUCACACUGGAGAGAAACCGUAUCACUGCUCAGACUGUGGAAAGAGUUUUAGCCGUCAGAGUACUCUCCAAAAACACCAGCGCAUUCAUACUGGAGAGAAACCGUAUUAUUGCUCUGAAUGUGAGAAGUGGUUCCGGUAUUCAAGUAGAUUGAAGGAACACAAAUGCUUUAAGAUUAGUUAUAGAACUGGUCUUUAAAACAUCAAUUCAAAUUUUCAGGAGUAACAGAAAACUAAGAAGAGGUAACAAACUGGAUUUAGGUUUGACCAUAAGGAGAAAUUUAUAGUAAAUUCAAUAAUAAUUUUAGGAAAAUGUUAUAUACACAAAUCUAAAUUUGCUAAACAGAUACCCUUAUUCAAAACUUUUGUUUAUUCAGACUUAAAUAAUUAUAUACACAUACUGACGAAUUUUCGAUUAAUUAAAAAUAAUCAGUGUCAUAAAUCUAUCAAUGUUUUGAAGCUUUUCAAAUUUAUUUGAAUCACACUUUUUUCUGAUUGUUUAGGUUUGUUUUUUGUUUGUGUUUUGAUGUGAUUGUGAUGAUAGUUGUACAUGCUGUGU